GGGUGGUUGCAGCUUUUGCUACAUGCCUUGCCAGCGCCGGAGCCUGCGGUCCAACUGCGCUGCUGCCGGAGCGCUCAGUGCCGCCGCCGCCGCCGCCGCCGCCGCCACCCGCUCCCCCCGCGCCCCGCUUCGAACCUACCGGCCGCCCGCCGAGCCGCUACCCGGCUACCGCGCCGCUGCCGCCGCCGCCGCUGCCGCUGCCGCCGCCCCCCGACGCCUGGGUGAUGCUGGACAUGGGAGAUAGGAAAGAGGUGAAAAUGAUUCCCAAGUCCUCGUUCAGCAUCAACAGCCUGGUCCCCGAGGCCGUCCAGAACGACAACCACCACGCGAGCCACGGCCACCACAACAGCCACCACCCCCAGCACCACCACCACCACCAUCACCACCACCACCCGCCGCCGCCCGCGCCCCAGCCGCCACCGCCGCCCCAGCAGCAGCAGCAGCCACCCCCGGCCCCGCAGCCCCCGCAGGCACGAGGAGCCCCGGCCGCCGACGACGACAAGGGCCCACAACCGCUUCUGCUCCCGCCACCCGCCGCCCUGGACGGGGCCAAGGCCGACGCGCUGGGAGCCAAAGGCGAGCCGGGCGGUGGGCCCGCCGAGCUGGCGCCCGUCGGGCCGGACGAGAAGGAGAAAGGCGCGGGUGCCGCCGGGGGGGAGGAGAAGAAGGGGGCGGGCGAGGGCGGCAAGGACGGGGAGGGGGGCAAGGAGGGCGACAAGAAGAACGGCAAGUACGAGAAGCCGCCGUUCAGCUACAACGCGCUCAUCAUGAUGGCCAUCCGGCAGAGCCCGGAGAAGCGCCUGACGCUCAACGGCAUCUACGAGUUCAUCAUGAAGAACUUCCCCUACUACCGCGAGAACAAGCAGGGCUGGCAGAACUCCAUCCGCCACAACCUGUCCCUCAACAAGUGCUUCGUGAAGGUGCCCCGCCACUACGACGACCCGGGCAAGGGCAACUACUGGAUGCUGGACCCGUCCAGCGACGACGUGUUCAUCGGCGGCACGACCGGCAAGCUGCGGCGCCGCUCCACCACGUCCCGGGCCAAGCUGGCCUUCAAGCGCGGGGCUCGCCUCACCUCCACCGGCCUCACCUUCAUGGACCGCGCCGGCUCCCUCUACUGGCCCAUGUCGCCCUUCUUGUCCCUGCACCACCCCCGCGCCAGCAGCACUUUGAGUUACAACGGCACCACGUCGGCCUACCCCAGCCACCCCAUGCCCUACAGCUCCGUGUUGACUCAGAACUCGCUGGGCAACAACCACUCCUUCUCCACCGCCAACGGGCUGAGCGUGGACCGGCUGGUCAACGGGGAGAUCCCGUAUGCCACACACCACCUCACGGCCGCUGCGCUCGCCGCCUCGGUGCCCUGCGGCCUGUCGGUGCCCUGCUCCGGGACCUACUCCCUCAACCCCUGCUCCGUCAACCUGCUCGCGGGCCAGACGAGUUACUUUUUCCCCCACGUCCCGCACCCGUCAAUGACUUCGCAGACCAGCACGUCCAUGAGCGCCCGGGCCGCAUCCUCCUCGACGUCGCCGCAGGCCCCCUCGACCCUGCCCUGUGAGUCCUUAAGACCCUCUUUGCCAAGUUUUACGACAGGACUGUCCGGGGGACUGUCUGAUUAUUUCACACAUCAAAAUCAGGGGUCUUCUUCCAACCCUUUAAUACAUUAACAUCCCGGGGACCAGACUGUAAGUGAACGUUUUACACACAUUUGCAUUGUAAAUGAUAAUUAAAAAAAUAAGUCCAGGUAUUUUUUAUUAAGCCCCCCCCCAUUUCUGUACGUUUGUUCAGUCUUUAGGGUUGUUUACUAUUCUAACAAGGUGUGGAGUGUCAGCGAGGUGCAAUGUGGGAGAAUACAUUGUAGAAUAUAAGGUUUGGACGUCAAAUUAUAGUAGAAUGUGUAUCUAAAUAGUGACUGCUUCGCCAUUUCAUUCAAACCUGACAAGCCUAUCUCAAAAGGCUGCCAGAUUUCCAUGUGUGCAGUAUUAUAAGUUAUCAUGGAGCUAUCUGGUGGACGCAGGCCUUGAGAUCAACCUAAAUUAUGGAGAGAGUUUAAAAAAAAAAAUGUUAAACUGUAAUUUGUAUUUAAGAAUUUGUAGUAAAGGUGCCCAAGAAAUUAUAUUGGCCAUUUAUUGUUUUGUCCUUUUUUCUUUAAAGAACUGUUUUUACCUUUUGUUUACUUUUAGACCAAAGAUUGGAUUUUAGCAAAUGCACUUGGUAUACUAAGUAUUAAAACAAACAAACAAACGAAAAAGCAAAGUUGUUUAGUUGGCAACACUGCCCAUUCAAUUGAAUCGGAAGGGGACAAAAUUAAGGAUUGCCUUCAGUUUGUGUUGUGUAUAUUUCGAUGUAUGUGGUCACUAACAGGUCACUUUUAUUUUUUCUAAAUGUAGUGAAAUGUUAAUGCCUAUUGUACUUAUAGGUAAACCUUGCAAAUAUGUAACCUGUGUUGCGCAAACGCCGCAUCAAUUUGAGUGAUUGUUAAUGUUGUCUUAAAAUUUCUUGAUUGUGAUGCUGUGGUCGUAUGCCCGUGUUUGUCACUUACAAAAAUGUUUACUAUGAACACACAGAAAUAAAAAAAUAGGCUAAAUUCAUAUAGAUCUUGAUAUUUUUGUCUCUUUUAUUAAGUAGAGCUAAUUUGCCAGAUACAUUCAAUUUAUAGGUAAUUCGAAAGCUUUUUCAGUCAAGUUGGAGUUUAAGCUGCUCCUUUAAUUUCAACUGAGACCAAAAUUGAGAAUAGUAUCCUUUUUUUCCCCCUUUGUGAAACAGUUUUACCAGGAGCAGGUUACUUAAUUAAUGCUAGCUUUAAAUGAAAUAUAGGCUUUUCAGCUGAUAUCUUUGUUUUUGUAGAUAUACAGCAAAAAAAGACAUUCAAUUUUAUGUGUAUAGCUGUUUAUUCUGUGCUUAUUUUAAAUUCAGUUGAUAGAAUGCCCUUUAUAUAUAUUGUUCCAGGUAUCUUGUUCAUGGAACUUGGCAAAUUAUAAAUAAAUAUAUGUAUAUAGUUAGAAGUGAAUAAUGAACACAUUAUAUAUGUGUGUAUAUAUACACAUAUAUACAUAUAUGAGUACGUAUAUAUAUGUGUGUAUAUAUAUCCCUUCAGUUCAGGUACAAUUUGCGCUAUGAAUGCUGCAAACAUUUUUGUUAAAUAUUUGUAUUUAUACUUUCUAAGUCAGCAUUUAUUUUUGUGGCUGUUUACCCACAAUGAACGAAUUCUAAUAAAGAUGUGCUGAGUUGCAAUGUAGAGCUUGCUGAAGUGAUCACCUGUUGUAAUGACUCACAGACGGAUAUUGAUAUUUAAAUUUUUAAUUACAACAAUUUAAAAUUCUAGUUACUCAGUGUAAAAUACUCCAUCUUCCCUCUCCAUUUUUACAACACAGAGGUAUUUGUUUGAUUCUCUUUUCAAUAUAUUUGUAUAAUUUAAUUUACAGACAUGUUUCUUUUGCUUAAAUUGAAUCAUUUUUUGCUUUAAGUGCAGUAUGCAUAUAUAUGAGAUACAUUGCAUGUGUAUAUAUAUGCAUAUAUAUGAAACAAAAUGAAAACUUUUUCAAUUGUUUCAGACAGCCCACUUGCUAUAAUUCCAGAAAAUAAUUAGAAAACCCGAGUUAAAGGUUUAGUAAUUAAUUGGAUCCUGUGGUGAUUCUGUGGAAGACAAGUUGUUCAUUUGUUACAUUUGUAUAGUCUGAAAUGUGUUCUGCAGUAUUGCAAUAAGCUGGCCACUUCUUACAAUGGGCCCAGUGAAAAAUAAUCUGUCCCUAAGAUGUUAUCAGCAAACACUUAGAGAGUUGCUCAGGGAAGUGUGUGUGUGUGGGGGGGGGUGACUAGUGGAGAAGCAGGUUGGCUAAAAUUGAUUUGAAAUUCAGAAUAGCUGAUGUUGGAAAAUGGGGGUGGCUGGGUUGUGAAUGGAGAGAGGAAGAAAGGGAGCAAGGGAAGAGGGGAGAGAGGGGAGAGAGAGAGAGAUCUGGAAAUUUUGAAAAGCUGGAAUCAAAUUUAGAAGACAGGGAUAAGCAAAAAUAGACUGAGAUGACUAGUUUGAGUAUCUCCUUUAGGGAGACAAGAUUGUUCUUAAUGUGAGACUAGAUUCACCUUAGAUAUAAGUUUCUUGAAAUCUAACAGUUGUUUAAAGUGAAUCACAAAAGAAAGUACCACAAAUUACUGUUUAAAAAAAAAAAAAGGAGAAGGCCAGUAUGGGCUUAGACACAAGAAAUGUUCAUCGAGAGGCAAACUAGCUUGGAGAAAGGCCUACAUUUAGGCUGGGGGAAAAGAUGAUGAUAUAUUGCUUGCUUCUGUUAUGGGUUUUAUGUGUGGAAUGACUAUAUACUAUCACAGAGGAAAUGCAGUAUUGCAAAAGCUGAAACGAAACUGAAUUCACAUAGUAAAACUAAAAGAUAGAUACUGAAGAAACAUUUUUAUGUGUAUUUUCCCUCUGGCCAAAGUAAAUUAACUAUCUACACUUAUUGGUGAUUUUAUGAAAUGUUUAUCUAGAAGAUAGAGAAAUAUAAUUUCAAUGGCAACUUUUUGUACUUUGAAGUCUUCAUAAAGACUUCUUAAAUUCAUGGAACUAAGGAUUGGAGUAGUGCUCUAGCACAUGUCUAAUUUACAGAUGUAGUGGAUGUGGUUGGAAAUUAAUUUAUUAGGCUUCCUAGACAUGAAAAAGAAUAUAUGGAAAGAGAAGUUGGUAACGGCUUUCUGAAGCCCAGUGUGUGAACACUUAUUUCAUUUAUCCUGAUCUAGCCUCCCCUCCCUCCUGAUACCCUCUUUUAAAAACCACAAUCUGGUAUGUCAUUUGGUACAUUUAGUUUUGCUUCAGACUGGUGGUUACAAUGUUUUACUGUGUUGUCACCAAUGGCUGCAGGUUACAGUUAGUUCAUUCCAGACCAACAUUGCUGAAACUUUUUGGUGAUUAUUUUCUUUAAAACUUAUAAUUGCUUAAGAUGAAAUGGAGGCUGCCCUUUUUGAAAUUCUUUUGGAAAAGAAAAUGAUCACAAUUUAAACACUGAAACUACAAAUGAUAAUAUUACAGAUUUAGUGUUUUACUUUGACAUAAUUGAAAGUUAACACAAUUGUUACUACAUAAACACAGAAGAAUGAUAAAAAAAAACACAGCGGUGAAGGAGUUUCUUCAUCUAGUUGCAAAAUUGGAAAUCAGGUAAAUCUGAAACUGUUCAACAUAAGUGUCCUUCUAGUCAAAGUACUCUUCCAGAGGCUUCUAUGUCUGGAAUCACAGGGGGGGGGGAUGUCUUGAAGUGUAUUGACUAUAAUAUGUAUUCAAGUUGGUCCAUAUUUUACUCCAAUAGACGGGUAAAUCAAAUAUAUUAGAAUUCUAUAUGAAAGUAUGAUUUUUUACAACGUGUAUUUUCUACUUUCUCACCGAGGAAUUUGCAUGCAUUGAAAUAAUUUUAAUUUUGAUGAAUUAGUUUUGUCAACAGCUAAUGUAGUUGGUUGUUUUUAAGGCUGAACGCCUGCUGGAGAGUGAGGUUAACAAAGGGUGAAGGUGAUGAUCACUAGAGCUUUUAGGGCUGGCUGAGACCCGGCUGCUGAGGUUGUGUAACUGUGCCUAGAGGGCGGGGUUCCUGUACGUUCCUACUUCAGCAGACAACCUGCCCCCAGCACCGCUCCAAUUGCUGCCAGACAGAUGGAAAGCUCCAAAGGAAAAAUCUGCGCAGCCCUUCCAAGAAGCAGGGUUCUGCUUGAUGCUGUCUGGAAGGCUGUGGAGGCGAAGGACUUGAGAACCGUGAACACUCUCACCCGGCGAUCGAGCUUGGUACAAGGAAGGCUGGCAUGAUCAUCCACUUCACAUCAGAGGAUGUCUAACCGCCAGUGUGCUGACACCAAGCAGAAAUUUCCACGUUUAAAGUAGCACUCCCUGUACUCAUCAUAUGAGCCUGGAGAAGAUUGCUUCAUCAUUCUUCAGACCAAAAAAAAAUUGAUCCCCUUCAAUAUCCUCCAGUUUCAGAGUGACUAGAUAAAACUUUAUGUGCAUUCAGAUCUCUUCCAUGUCUGGAUUCCUGGUCAUCUUCAUAUCUUCUAUGUCCAUAAAUAAAGAUAAAAUAGUAGUAAAUGAAUAAAGCUGUUUUGGUCUCAGCAGAUCAAUUGAGGCUUGGCUUAAUCAGUCCAAGCCUGGAAAACUUCAAUGGACAAAUUCACCUGAUCGGUGUUUGCUGCCUCUUGACAAUACAGGUUUUGUGUGUGGUUCAAUACUUCUCUUGGUAUUUGUCUAGUUGGAAAAGAGAACAAAGGUGCUGCAGUUCUGGGCUUUGUGCUUGUAGGACACUCACCUGAAAACAUAGCUCCUUCACUCAUGGGGGGCACAGGGCACAGCACCGUUUCCUUAUGCUGCAUGCAAGCUUAUAUAUUUUCUGGGCCUCUCUUCUUUCCAGACAGCAGUUCUUGCUUGGGAUAGGACUUGUACAAUUAUGAAAUAACUCUUCUCAUAGAAGAGAUUUGUAGAGCUUUAUUCUAGUAAUCAAGAUGUAUGUGAUUAAAUGAUUGACUAGGGCUGGGGAUGUAAGGCAGUGCCAGACUGUGUUCCUAAAGUGAGUAUGGCCCUAGGUUCAGUCCUUGGUACCUAUGAUUAACCCAAGGGCCUAUCCUAAGUGGGAGGAAACAGCUGCUAUUAGUUAUGCUUAUUUCUCACAAAUAUGUGAGAUAUUUUAGUGUGCUUUACAUUACCCUGAAAUUAAUUUUAAAUUUUGAGACUUUCUAUAUAUUUCUGGCUGGCCUAGAACUCACUAAAUAGUCACAGAGCUAUAUCAGUCUCUGCCUACCCAGUGCUGGAAUUAAAGGCAUGUAGCAUCACACUUGGUGAUUUUUGUCAGUUCUUAUGGCUUUAUACAGAGAGGUAUCAGCAAGAAAUCUAAAUAAAAACCCACAAGAUGAGACUUUUUUUUAUUGCUGAAAUUCAAUAUCAACACAAAAUAGAUCAGCACAAACAUGUGCAAAGCUGUCUUUGGAGAACAGGUUAAUUUUUCAGCUACAAGAUUUGAAUUAAGUUAAUUGGAGGCAUUAGCAUACCAACAAAGGAAAUAGUAGCCACAGAAGUAGAUAAAUGAAAAGCAGAAGACAGAUAAAAUAAGUUAUCUGAGCAUGGCUCCAAGAUGAAGGAGGGUCUUCAUUUUGUUAGACUCCAGUCCCAAUGACAAUCCUAGUUCGACUGUGAAUCAAUAUUGGGUGAUUUAAAUUUGCUGUUAAUAACUGUUCAAAUUACAAAUGAUAAAUACAUUCAGAACCCAUGUUUUCCAAGCGAUAUUCUUGAUUACAUGGCUUUCAAUGUAGUUCCACUCAGAAAAUACACUAACCACAGAAAUUAAUAUAGUAACAGCUACUACUGAGUGAGUCGUGUUCCACGUUUUCAGUGAAGUUUGUUCAUUGAAGUUGUUUGUCAUAAACAAACGUUUUCAUUUCUAAGUCAAAAUAUUUCUUGACUAUAGUAAAAUAACUUACUUCUUUACUAUGUCUCUAUAUUUGAUGUGGGUGGGGGAUAAAACUUUGGUAUGCCCAUAAAAGUCACUAUAAAGUUUCCAGUGUGACAGGCUGAUCCAAAAUUGUACCUGUCACGUCCAGUCACUGCUGUCCACCUUUGAUAGAAAACAUUCACAAUCACAUGCUUCUAUGUGUGAACCAGAGUACUUAAAGUAAAUUAUCAGUGUGCAAAUAAUAAUUUGACGGGACCAAAUAUUUCCUGGAAUGCAAUGUUGUGCAUUUAAAAUAUGAGCAAGAAGGGAAGGUCACUUAAAUGCUGUAUUUGCUGUUCAGUAGCUCACUAGCUGUGAGAUCACCUUAAGUAUACAUAUCAACUUCAUCUGUAAAUGAGGUUAUUAUGCUAAAAUUGUCAUAUAGGAAAUUAAAUUAUGCAAAUGGCACAAACUACCUAGCAGUACGCACAGUGUAUACUAGGAUAUACAUUUUAAACCAACUAUGAGAUACUGUUUCACCUCAGUUAAACAGUCUUCUAUUAAAAAGGUACAACAUAAAUUCUAGUAAGGAGUCAGAGAAAGGAGAACUUUUGCUGUUGGUGGAGAUGAAAACAAGUAUAGGAGGGGAAUUCCAGGGUGAAACUAGACAUAGAGCUGUCAUAUUAUACCCAAAUCUUAUUACUAGUAGAUAUUUAAAGGAACUGAGGCCAGUGAGUGUGUUAAAGAAGUAUCUGUACUCACAUAUUAAUGGCAACAUUAUAAUACCCAAUAUUUGGUACCAGACUAGGAACUCAUUGGUGAAUGAGUGGUGAAGAUAAUGUGAUAUAAACACACACACACACACACACACACACACACACACACACACACACACACACACCACAUAUGAAUAUGUUUGCUAUACACAAUGAAAAUUCUGUUUACAGUAUUAUGGCUAGAACUGGAAGAUGUUAAGUUAAAUGCCAGGCACUAAAUUCUACAUUUUCUCACUUAUAUGGGAAAUUAAAAAGUUGAUCUCAUGAAAGUAGACCAUUGGCUGGCAGAGGCUGGGAAGAGUGUGGGCAGGAAAUGGGGAGAGGGUGUGUUCAUGGAGACUAUCGGACUGGAGAACAAUUUCUAAUAUUCUAUAGCACCACAGUGUAAUGUGAUUAUUAACAAUUAAUUAAUAAAAUCCUUUGAAAGAA